ACUUCGAGAAGCCAAAGACUUGGCAAGUUCCAGACUGAGCGGGACGAGAGUGAAGGCAAGUUAGAGAGGGUCCAGGACAUCUGAGGCCUGAGCCUGGGGGCUUCCGAGGCUGCCGCCGCUACAGCUGCUACAGGCCCACCCUGGAACGCCACGGCUGUGCACCGCCGGCCACUAUCAUGUCCACUCCCGAGGUCAAUGUGUCUGCCUCCUUAAUUCCCACCCAGCUGAACAGCCCCGUGACCAUCCCGGCAGUGAUGUUCAUCUUUGGGGUGGUGGGCAACCUGGUGGCCAUCGUGGUGCUGUGCAAGUCGCGCAAGGAGCAGAAGGAGACGACCUUCUAUACCCUGGUAUGUGGGCUGGCGGUCACCGACCUGCUGGGCACGCUGCUGGUGAGCCCAGUGACCAUCGCCACCUACAUGAAGGGCCAGUGGCCCGGGGGCCAGGCGCUGUGCGAGUACAGCACCUUUAUCCUGCUGUUCUUCGGCCUGUCCGGCCUCAGCAUCAUCUGUGCCAUGAGCAUCGAGCGCUACCUGGCCAUCAACCACGCCUACUUCUACAGCCACUACGUGGACAAGCGGCUGGCGGGCCUCACGCUCUUCGCGGUGUAUGUGUCCAACGUGCUCUUCUGCGCGCUUCCCAACAUGGGCCUCGGCAGCUCCCGGCUGCAGUACCCGGAUACCUGGUGCUUCAUCGACUGGACCACCAACGUGACAGCGCACGCCGCCUUCUCCUACAUGUACGCGGGCUUCAGCUCCUUCCUCAUCCUCGCCACCGUGCUCUGCAACGUGCUGGUGUGCGGCGCGCUGCUCCGCAUGCACCGCCAGUUCAUGCGCCGCACCUCGCUGGGCACCGAGCAGCACCACUCGGCCGCCGCGGCGGUGACCUCGGUCGUCUGCCGGGGCAACCCUGCGGCCUCCCCGGUCCUGCCGCGCCUCUGCGACUUUCGCCGCCGCCGGAGCUUCCGGCGCAUCGCGGGCGCUGAAAUCCAGAUGGUCAUCUUACUCAUCGCCACCUCCCUGGUGGUGCUCAUCUGCUCCAUCCCGCUUGUGGUGCGAGUGUUCAUCAACCAGUUAUAUCAGCCAAGCUUGGAGAGAGAAGUCAGCAAAAACCCCGACUUGCAGGCCAUCCGAAUCGCUUCUGUGAACCCCAUCCUGGACCCCUGGAUUUACAUCCUGCUGCGGAAGACAGUGCUCAGUAAAGCCAUAGAGAAGAUCAAAUGCCUCUUCUGUCGCAUCGGCGGGUCCCGCCGAGAACGUUCGGGACAACCGUGCUCGGACAGUCGAAGGACAUCCUCUGCCAUGUCCGGCCACUCUCGCUCCUUCCUCUCCAGGGAGCUGAAGGAAAUCAGCAGCACGUCUCAGACCCUCCUGCCAGACCUCUCACUGCCCGACCUCAGUGAAAAUGGCCUUGGAGGCAGGAAUUUUCUUCCAGGCGUUCCUGGCACGGGCCUAACCCAGACAGACACCACCUCACUGAGGACUUUGCGAAUAUCAGAGACCUCGGACUCCUCACAGGGGCAGGACUCCGAGAGUGUUUUGCUGGUGGAUGAGGUUAAUGGGAGUAGCGGGGCUGGGCCGGCCCUGAAAGGGAGCUCCCUGCACGUCACCUUUCCCUGCGAAACACUGAACUUGUCUGAAAAAUGUAUAUAGUAGCAAAGGAAAGAAAUACAGCACUGUCUCGGAAGCUGUGCAAUAGACAAAUAAAGGAGGCAUUUGGCUGUGCUCAGAAGGGCUAUGUCCAUCCCACAACUCACAUUAGAGGCUUUUGAGCACUUUUCAGACUAUCAAGUUGAUUCACACGGGUCCCAAGAUUGAAGCACUUUGACUGAGACCCCACAUUGACACGGGAUUGUGGUCAUAACUUGCUCGCUGGAAAGAUCAACUUUUUCUACUGGAUAGGAGGCUGGAAGGAGUUUGGCUGUUUUCAUAACAUCUGGACUUUAUCCCUGGCACCCAGCAGAAGCCCAGAUACUGGAAGGGCUCUAAUUCCAAUGAACUAUGAGGACUACCUUAUAGAUGAUUUAAGUGUCUCACUAAAGCAUGAAAUGUGAAUUUUUAUUGUUGUAAAUAUGAUUUAAGGUAUUUAAAGUAUUUUCUUCUCUAUGAGAAGGUUUGUGGUUAAUACAAGGUAUAACAAAAUUAUGGUAACCCCUCUCCUCCCAGUAUAACCAGCUCGAGUUGCAGAUGUUAGAUAUUUUUCAUAAACAAUUUCAGGCCAAGGUGUUGAAAAUUCACAAUAAGACUAGUGUCUAUAAAAUAGAUAUAAAUUUUUAAAAUGAAGAGUUUAAUAUUAUCAAAGGAAAAAAGAAAAAAAUGCUAUUUAAGAUGUGAAAAUUAUAGACCAAACUAUUAAAGUUCUUUCCAAGCAACACAUAGUGAAAAUGUUUUAGUGGUAAUAUACUUAUUUAUCCGGGAAACUGUGAUUUCAGGAGAACCUAACAUGCUGGUAAACAUUUUCAACUUUUUUCCCCACUAAUUGGUACUUUUUAAAACAACAAACUUUUUUUAAAAAUCUUUCAUAAAUAACCCAUAAUUGAAGUAAUAUAAAAGUCUAAACAGCUUGUUUUCCCUCCAAACGUGUGCAUAGUGUUACUGAAUGAAUGACCUAGAACAUCCUUUAAAAUCUAAGAGUAAGUCUAAGUGCACAAUAAAGACCUUUAUUUUGAGAUGUGGAAGGAUCUCAAAUGUGAUUAAAUCAGCCUUUCAUGUAUGUCAAGGGUGCGGGAUUUGAGCACCUAAGGGUCACCUUUUAACAGUUUUGUGUAAUACCCAGUGAUACUGUACACAUAUGUGAGGAACUUUCUCAAAGAAAUAUUAAGCAUGUUUUGUUGCUCAAAGUGUUUUUGUGAAUUGCUUGGUUGUAAGUAAAUUCUGAGCCUGAUAUUGACAUGGUUUGAAGCAGUUGUACCAACUGAAAUUAUUUUGGAGAUUAUAAUAAAUGAAUACAUUCAGUCUGA